AUGAAAGUGAAAAUCGAUAGUCGGAAAUUACCCCGCCUCCGCUUUGUUGAUGAUAUCGUCCUUAUAACACCAAACAUUAGUCAAGCGGAACGUAUGCUUGACGACUUUGAUAAAGCCUGUGGAAAGAUUGGUCUUCGACUAAAUCUCACAAAAACGUUGUUCAUGAGGAAUGGAUUGGUUUCGUAUGACCCAUUCACGCUCAACGGAAUGAAUAUUUUCGAAUGCUCCAGUUACGUCUACAUGGGUCGGGAAAUCAAGACGAUUAGCGAAUUAGCUUCAGACUCGAGCAGGAGAAAGCGAGCGGCUUGGGGAGCUUCAAGAGCAUUGAAGACGUAG